AUAUAAUAUCAGAAAGAUUGCUGGGCGUGAGGGGGUGUAUUAGGAAUAUCUCCUCACCUUAUCAACCGGUCAAACUCUAAUAGUCCAAAACAAUAACCCUAUUGAUUUUGAUGUUUUUUAUUUUUCUUCUUAAAUAAUGGUUUGAAAUGGUCCAAAUCUAUUGAAUGCGUGUCUAGCUUUUUAUAUGACUUACAGUAGCUGAUUCAAAGUCAAGCAGAAAACAAUAUAUAUAGAAAAGACAUGGAAGUUUCAGCUAUGAUCAAGCCUUUAUAAAUGAUUGUUCUAUCUAAAGGAAAAAGACACACAACACAAUAAAACCAAGAAUCCGUUGUCGGGUACCAAUAGCUCUGCUAUAGUUCUAUUGCUAUGUCUCAUCCAAAGUACGAUGUGUUCCUCAGCUUUAGAGGAGAGGACACUCGUGACAACUUCACCAGUCAUCUUCAUGCAGAAUUGUGUAGGCAAAGGAUUGAAACAUUCAUUGAUAAUAGACUUGUCAGGGGCGAAGAAAUUUCUCCAGCACUGUGCAAAGCAAUAGAAGAAUCAGCUAUUUAUGUGGUUAUUUUGUCAAAACACUAUGCUUCUUCUACGUGGUGCUUAGAUGAACUCACAAAGAUACUCGAAUGUAAGGAGAAAUAUGAAAGGGAAGUGAUACCAGUCUUCUAUAGGGUGGAUCCGUCAAAUGUUAGGCAUCAGAAAAAGAGUUAUGCUGACGAUUUUGUUAAACAUCUGCCAUUAGGCGACAAAGUGGACGCAUGGAAGGCUGCUCUAACCCAAGUAGCUAAACUCUCUGGCUGGGAUUCACAGAAAAUCAGGCCAGAUAGCACACUUGUUGAAGAGAUUGUGAAAGAUAUUCUGAAAAAGUUGAGUCGUUGUGGCUUAUAUAAUCAUGAAGGAAAGAUUGGAAUUGACAAGCAUAUUGAACAAAUCCAAAACUUGUUGCACCUCGAGUCAUCGGCUGUCCAUAUUAUAGGAAUAUGGGGUAUGGGAGGGAUAGGAAAAACUGAAAUUGCCGGUGCAAUUUAUGAAAAACUCGCAACUCAUUUUAAUUCUAGAGGCAUAGUAAAAAACGUUCAACUGGAAAUAGAAAAAUAUGGAGUAGACAAUGUUAAAAGCAAAUACUUAUCACACCUUCUAGAUAAACAAGACAUUACUUCCUCUAGAUUCAAACGGACAAAGGUUCUUCUUGUUUUUGAUGAUGUCAAAGAUUCUGAUCAAUUUAUUGAUUUAAUUGGGACAUGUAGUAAUUUUGUCCACGGGAGUAGAAUUAUUGUGACUAGUAGAGACAAACAAGUACUUAAGAAUGCCAAUGUUGAUGAAAUGUAUCACGUAAUUGAGAUGGACGAGAAAGAUUCUCUACAACUCUUCUGUUUAAAUGCCUUUAAACAAAAAGAACCAAUAGAAACUUAUGCGAGUUUAACAAAAAAGGUAUUAAAUUAUGCUAAAGGAGUUCCAUUAGCUCUUAAAGUUUUGGGCUUAUUUCUUCAAGGUAGAGCAAAGGAAGCGUGGGAAAGUGAGUUGCAAAAGCUUGAAAAGAAUCCCGAGCCUAAAAUUUUCAAUGUGUUGAAAUUGAGUUAUGAUGGACUUGAUGACGAACAAAAAGAUAUAUUUCUUGAUAUAGCUUGUUUCUGUAGAGGAGAAACCGAGAAAUGCGUGGUUCAAACACUGGAUUGUUAUGGUUUUUCUACUCGUAUUGGAAUGGAUGUUCUUCAAGAUAGGUGUCUUAUAUCUAUUUUAGAAGGUAGAGUUUGGAUGCAUGAUCGAAUACAAGAAAUGGGACAUGAAGUUGUUCGACAGCAAAGUGUCAAUAAUCCGGAAAAACGUAGUCGAUUGCACAAACCUGAAGAUAUAUAUAAUGUUUUAAAAAAGAACAAGGGACAGGGAACAGAUGCAAUCCAGAGCAUAGCAUUGGACUUAAGCAAAAUAAACGAAGUUCAGUUACAUGCCAAAACUUUUAAGAAAAUGCAUAAUCUCAGAAUGAUUAAGUUCUAUAAUUCUUAUUGGUUUGAAAGUUACUCAAAUGUGACAUUUCAUACAUUUCUUAAUAGUUUUCCGGAUAAUCUAAAAUUUCUUGGUUGGGUUGGUUUCCCUCAAAGAUCUUUGCCGCAAGAUUUUUGCCCAAAUAAUCUUGUUGCACUUGAUAUGCAUUCAAGCGAUCUUGAACAACUAUGGGAGAGAGAUCAGACUUUACCAAAUUUGAAGAGACUUAACCUUAGCUGUUCUCAGAAGAUGAUUGGAGUACCUGACCUGUCUUUGUUUCCUAAUAUUGAAGAAAUAAUUCUUAGUGGUUGUGUAAGUUUGAAAAAAGUGUACUCCUCUAGCUUCCUCCACAAACUUAACCGGUUAUGUGUAGAUGGCUGUACAUCACUCAAGAGUUUAAGUAUUCGUAGCAAUAUUCUAUCAAGAUCAACCGGAUUAGUUGCUCUGCAUGGUUGUCGCAAAAUUGAAACAAUUCUAAUCACCGGAACAACUGACGUGGUUCAAUCAUACAAUUGCUUUAAUUCCUAUGAGUCAAAUUUUGAGGGAGGCGACUGGAUUGGGGAUAUGGAUAUAGAUUCAGAUAUGUUUUCAAGUAUCAGUGAGCUUUGUUUGUUAGAUCUUUCGGAAUGUGAGUCCCUAACAAGCCUACCAGCUGAACUUAUAAAUUUGAAGUUUCUAACAAGACUUUGUCUCAGUGAUUGUUUAAAGUUGGAAGAGUUACCUGAGAUCGAGGAGAUUAUGGAAAAUCUAAAAGUGCUCAGCUUAGAAAAAACAGCAAUAAAGGAACUCCCUUCAUCGCUACACCGUUUGGUUGGGCUUGAAGAAUUGAGUUUGCGAGGUUGCAAAAAGCUUAAGACUAUUCCAUCUUCCAUUGGAAGUCUCAGCAAACUUCUCAAAUUAGACAUUACCUACUGUAAAUCACUUGAAACUUUUCCAAGCAGCAUUUUCAAAUUGAAGUUGACAGAACUUGAUUUUUCGGGUUGCUCAAUGCUUAGGAUUUUUCCAGAAAUCCCAAGUGACAUUGGUCGUAUGUCAUUCUUGACUAAAAUUUCACUUCAAGGAAGCAGAAUUGUGAAUCUUCCUGAGAGUAUGGUUCAUCUCUCAAGUUUGAAAUCACUUAAUUUAAGUGAUUGCAAAAGCCUUGAAUGUAUUCCAAAGCUUCCACAGAAUCUAAUUCAGUUGUUGGCAUUUGAUUGCACAUCCAUUAAGAAAGUGGUGCGAAAUUCAUUGUUGGCACUCAUGUCUGAUUCCAAUGACAAAAUGGAUGGUUCCUACGAAUUUCUUCUCACCAACAGUGAAGAGUUAGAUGCAUUUUCUUGGAAUUAUAUAGUAAACAAAGCAUGUAUUAAGAUCACUGAUAAUGCAUAUCUGUCAGCGGUCUUUUGUUUUCCGGGGAGUAGAGUUCCAGAUUGGUUCCUUCACCGUUGCCACGGGCAUUCAAUAACUGUGAAAAAUAAUGAUGAAUAUGUGUGCAGUGAAAACAGGCUCAUUGGUUUUGCUCUGUGUGUUGUUUUAGGAGGUGAAGAUAUGGAUGACUCAAGAAGAGGUAGUAGCAUUACAUACAAAUUAAGCUUUAUAUCAGAUGGUAAGCCAUUCGUUUUUCAUGACGAUAUGAAUUGGAUGCUGGGAGAUAGAUUUAUCAUCCGAGAUCACACAUUCCUAUGGAAAUAUGAAUUAGACCGAGCAACCAUUUGCAACAAGCUCAUUCAUGCCCAAAGUUUCACUUUUGAGAUCCUAGGUGAUGAUUAUGUUAGGCCCUCAGAUUAUCAAUUAAACGUAAUUGUGAAAGAGUGUGCAAUAUGUCCUCUGUAUAUUCGAAAGAACCAAAUGUGAACAAUAUUUGAGUCGGAUGAGUAGUUGUUACAAACAUUUGGUAGACACAACUCUGAAACAUCAUUUUCAGCACUUCAAGGAGAACUCUAAACACCCCCUCGUCAAUCGUCAUAGAGAGAGAGACUGCUCAUUUGAAUUGAAUUUGUGAUUUUGUUGUAUUUGGGUAUGCAAUA